CCUGGGGUGAUAUAUAACAAGGAGCUCAGAGAAGGAGGGGGGGGAGAACUGCUAUCAAACCUACAGAAAGGUAAUAUGGCCUGGUUUCCAGUUCUGCUGUUAUUGGGUGCUGUGGCAUUAACUCAAGUAGUUGAAGGUGCCCAGGUUCGUUCCAUGUGCCCUAAUGGAUGGUUUUACUAUAAGGCCAAUUGCUAUGGAUAUUUUCGUUACCCUUUGACCUGGUCUGAAGCUGAGUUUGAUUGCCAAGCAUAUGGACACGGUGCCCAUUUGGCUUCCAUAUUGGAUUCCUCAGAAGCCGACAUAAUUGCUUCUCACAUAUCAGCAUAUCAGAAGAACCAGCCCGUCUGGAUUGGACUGCAUGACCCAGAACAGAAUCGGCGCUGGAAGUGGAAUGAUGGAUCCAUGUACAAUUAUCGUGCCUGGCUCUCAGGUCAGCCAGACAACCAUAACUCAGCCGAGUACUGCGGCGAAUUGUCCUGCAUAGACAAGUUUUUAAAGUGGAAUGACAGUAACUGCAAAGCAGAAAAGCAGUAUAUCUGUAAAUUUAAGCCUUAAAAUAGAGCCUGCUGCUCAACUCCCUCCGUAAAUCCACAAACCCAAGAAAGCCAUCACAAGAGCCUUCUCAGUGACCUCUCUCAUUAUGAAAAUUAAGAUUCCUUGGAGCACCAACUUUGAAAAACCCCACUAACCUGCCGUAAAAAUCCAUACUAACCCAGGGCAUCGAGGAGAAGAAAUACAAUUCUGAGAUAACCCAAGAAACCUUGAAUAGUGCUCACAAGAACCCUGAGAACCAAUCUUGUAGACCUCCUGAAUAGAAUAAAAUCAAAUUAAAAAGUAACAAAACAUACACACUUAUAUUUACACCAACAUGUACUACUGUCUAAUAAAGAAUAUGUAAUCAGC